CCUAAACAAACUCUCCAUAACUUCGACUUCAUCGCCUUCUCAGCACUCCUCACCCUAACGGACUCACCUAAUCUUACCUCACAACGCUCCUGCCGUCUGCUUUUGUCUCUUUCUCCAACCAUUUCUGUCACUUUCAACUAAUAAACUAUUAAUCACUUGAACUGCCACUUUCUGUGCUCUCCUGUCCCCUCUGUUUCGCUCUCUUUUUAGGCUAGAGGAAGAUGGCAGCUGGAAUCCUCUCAGGUCCGGUCACAAGUUUCGGCUAUGUUGGGUUGAAGCCCCACCAGCCCAAGCUGUUUCCGGCAAAGGAUUCGGUUGCAUGGAGCCGGAAAACUGUGUCAAAUGGUUCUAAAACUCAUUGCAUGAAGACAUGGAAUCCAAUCAAUAACAAGAAGUUUGAGACGCUCUCUUAUCUUCCUCCUCUCUCUGAUGACUCGAUUGCAAAGGAGAUAGACUACAUGCUCAAAAAGGGUUGGAUCCCUUGCCUUGAAUUUGACGAAGUGGGAUAUGUAUUUAGGAAGAACAGCCAGAUUCCAGGCUACUACGACGGGAGGUAUUGGACAUUGUGGAAGCUGCCAAUGUUCGGGUGCAAUGAUGCCUCUCAAGUCCUGAAUGAGAUUCAUGAGUGCAAGAAAACGUACCCAAAUGCUUAUAUCCGCUGCUUGGCAUUUGACAAUGAGCACCAGGGUCAGUGCAUGGCCUUUGUCAUUCAAAAACCCACCUGCAGCUAAGGCUUUUCAGUUAGUUUUCCUUCAGAAAGUGGCGUUUGACGAUCAGCUCAACUUUUCUUGUUUUUGAACUUACUAUGGUAUGAAUAAGGUCGUUGAACUA